ACCAUAGACUACCACACCUCACCUCACCUCACCACACGAUUCCUCCUCUAUCGCUCUCCAAACGAGAUGCUCUCACGCCUCUCCUUUGCGGGGGGACUGCGGUCGCCAGCUCUCACCACCAUGCGUCACUCUUCUACAUCCACAAAGGCGCAGCGCUUCGUUCACCCAAUCGACCCUUCCACCAUCCCGCACGGCUUCACCACAUCGGCCACCUACUCGGGCAUCAAAGCAGCCAUCUCACCCAAACCAGCAGCGUCCUCUUCGUCUCCCUCCUCUCCACCACCGAAACCAGAUUUAGCCCUCAUCCACUCCACUACUGCCAAAGCUCCAGCGGCGGCGGGCACUUUCACAAAAAAUGCAUUCAAGGCGGCACCGGUAGUCCUCUCCUCUAAGCUACUCGUGCAGCAGGGAAGGAGAGCUCGGAGUAUUCUCAUCAACUCUGGGUGCGCUAAUGCGGUGACGGGAAAGAGGGGCAUGGCAGACGCGGAGAAGUGUGUUGCCCAGGUGGGAGGAUUGCUGCAGGAAGGGGGAGUGGAUCAAGGGGAGGCCUCGACUCUGCUCCUCUCUACGGGAGUCAUCGGUGUACCACUUCCCAUGGACACGAUCAGCAAGCACAUCCCAGGUCUCGUCACCGACGUUCAAUCACCCUCCUCUUCUGCCUCCGCAGCGGAAAAGUGGCACGAAACAGCCCGAGCUUUCAUGACGACCGAUACCUUUCCCAAGUUGCGCACUCGCACAUUUACCCUCGGCUCGAGUUCAACUACCUACCGGAUGCUAGGCAUCGACAAGGGUGCAGGUAUGAUCCACCCUUCCAUGAGUGGGCCCAAGUCCUCGGGAGCGCUGCAUGCUACGCUACUGGGCUUCAUCGCGACUGACGCGCCUAUUGCUCCGGCUGCACUGCAGUCUGCACUGGAAUACGCCGUGGAGCGAUCCUUCAACUGUAUCAGCGUGGAUGGAGAUAUGAGCACGAAUGAUACCAUCCUUGCGCUAGCCAAUGGCGCUGCAGCGGAGGGCUUAAAAGAGAUUGAAGAGGGAAGUGAAGAGUAUACUGCCUUUGCAGAAGAGCUGAGGAGCUUCUGUGAAGAAUUGGCAAAGCUCAUUGUUAGGGAUGGAGAAGGAGCAGAGAAGUUUGUCGAAAUCACAGUCAAGAACGCCCCCACCCGUCAACACGCGCACAGUAUCGCUUCUUCCAUCAGCACGUCCGCCCUGGUCAAGUGCGCACUACACGGCAGCGACGCCAACUGGGGUCGAAUCCUCUGCGCCGUAGGCUAUGCCCCACUUCCGACCAAUACAGACGGGGCGAAUGAGGCUCAAGGCUGGUCGAUUGAUCCACAGAAGGUGACGGUCAAGUUCCUGCCCGCCAAAGGUGCUUCGCAGGGAGAGGAGCUAGUCGUACUCCUGGACGGCGCACCUCAAAAAGUCGAUGAAGAAGCCGCGGGGAGACUUCUCCAACAAGAGGACAUCUGUAUUUCCGUCGAUUUACAGGGUGGUCAGUGGUCUGGUGGUGGUGCUGCUGCUUCGGCAAAGCAGGCCACGGAAGAAGCGACGUAUUGGACGUGUGACUUUUCAAAGGAGUAUGUGGCUAUCAAUGGUGAUUACCGGACGUGAGAAGGGGCAAGAGUGAAGAGAGGGGGAAAUUGCAGAAGGAGCAGAGGAUAGACGGUAUUGUUGUUGUAUUAGGCGCAGCCAAUGGACGAUGAAAAGACGGUCCUUCGACCCUGUCAAUGAGAAAGAGCCUAGGGUCGAGGGCCGAAGCUCGCCUUGGCUUGCUGUGGUAGAAUAUAGAAGUACUGAAUUAUACACCCGCGAGAACAUCAGCU